CCAAGAUAGGAGGGAUUGGAUUCUGAGGAAGACCGACUGACUGUGCUUCAUUUCCGCUCGGUUCCAUUUCCCCCGCUCUUUCCGCCCCUCCGGUCCAGCCAAAGCCGCCGCCAGCUUGUUUCCCUUUCCGGCGGGCGCGUCUUGUCAUUUUUUUCACCUUUGCGCUGGGAAUCCACUGCACAAUUUGAUGCCACAAUUUACACAUUUCCUCAUUAAUGUUACUUAGGAAAGCAGAAGGUUCACACAGAGAAAGGCACAAGCUAGCUACAACGAAUUAGGACGCGAAAAACAGUUAUUCCCUCGAGGGAGAGAGCUUCUACGGCCGACACCUACUACCUACCUACCUACCUACCUACCUACCUACCUCCAGAGCUACAUUUCACCAUCACCGCGCACACACACACACGCACAUACACACAUUCCACACAUUCCACACAUUACAUACAUACAGAGAAGAAAGGACAAGGCGCACAAUGUUCCCACCCACCGACCGCUCCGACCAGGACUCGGAUUCCAUUCGCUCAUCGCAUCAACCGUCAGAUGGUAACAACAGCAGCCCCGAUCGUCCCCAUGGCUAUCAUGAUGACGAGGACGAAGACUCCAGCUACCACCACGAUGACAACGAAGACGAAGACUACGAUCUCCUAGAUUCCACCUCCCUCCUCACCGCAUACAACACCUACCCGCAAGAGCCCGAUUACUACACCCUCCUCAACCUUGCGCGCCAACCCCCGCCCACCGACGCCCAGAUCCGCUCCGCUUACCGCACUCUCUCCCUCUCGUUUCACCCGGACAAACAGCCGGCGCAUCUGGCGGAGCCGGCCAAGCAGCACCUCGAGCGUAUCCGGGAGGCGUAUGAGACGUUGAUCGAUGACAGGAAGCGCGUGGUUUAUGAUCUGCUGGGGAGGGAUGGGGUGAGGGCGGAGUUUGGGCUGGGGAGUGCUGCUAGUGCUGGGGUUGGAGGGGCUGGGGCUGCUGGGCAGCGUGGUGGGUCUGCGGAGUGGAGGGUUGGAGUUAAGGCGAAGAGUCCGGAGGAGUUUCGGAGGUGGUUUGUGGAGAGAAUGAAGUUGAAAGAGAGGAGGGCGGUUAAUUCGUUGGUUGAGGGGAGGGGUUCGAUUACGCUGGGUGUUGAUGCUUCGAAUACUUUUGCGGUCGAUCAAGAGGAGGGUUUGCUUUUCAUCAACGUCCCUGAACCUCGGUUGUCCAAAUUUGGGGUGGCGUUCUCGUUCAAGGCGCCGUUGCCAACGUGGAGGAAUGUGAUGGGGGUGGAUGAGGAUGAGGAGGACGGGAAUGAGGUUGAUGAUGAUGAUGAUGAUGAGGCACAGACGAAUGCUGCACAUAGGCAUGAUGUUGCCUCGCUUGGGGAUGGGCCGCAGAUGGUCAUCAAUGCUGGGUUGUCGGGCAAGAUUCGCCAUAUGACGCAGAAGUUGGAGGUACAGUGGGAAGGUCAGGAAGGGUCGCAGGUUGAAGAGGCUCCCGUCCCCUUGGUCAUCUCGACCAAGGAAUUGUCCCUAGGCGUUGGUGUUAGCCAUGCUUUUGGCGAUCUGUCAGCCUCCAAGGGUAUACUGGGAAAACCUGCCCUCUCGUUCCUCCAAUACUCGGGCCUCUCGGCGAAUGCUUCGGUGUUGCCGUUCCCGGCGCUCGGUGUCCGCUGGGCGAAAGGUUUCGCGCUGGUUCCCGGAACGAGGCCUUUCCGGUUGGAAUUGAGCACGGAUUUCCAACGGCCGAUCUGGCAUGCUCCGCCGGUGCUAGGGGCUUAUCUGGCUAAGGAGAUUGGCGAUCAGAAGCAGGUGUUUGUCAAUUGGACGAGUGGAACGCUUCUUUGGCCGCUAGGCUUCCGCAAGUUCCUCAGCCCCGAGUACGACAUUAGGGAUGACUUCAAGUACAUACUCACCAUUCCCGGGGAACUGAGCCAAUUCCAGUUCGGUAUCGUGUCUCAGCCGGCGAGCAAGUACCUGGCUAGUAUUGACGAUGACGAUGACGACGAUGACGAGGAGGAAGAUGUGGAGUUCGAUACGGUCCGCUCCAAACAUCGCAAGAACCGCAGUGCUGCCGAGUCAUGGCAACUAGGAGUCGCAGUCAGCCCGCAGGCGGGUGCUUUGUCGUUCAACUAUUCCCGUAACAUCUUCUCUGGAAAGCCGUCCACGGAUACCUCGCUCUCCCAAUGGAGCUCCGAGGGUUAUCACCGCCUUCCCCAAGAGAACGAACCACGGGCCGUUAGAUUCGGAGUCCAGAGCACGGUUAGUUUUGACAUGUCGCUUGGGUGGCAUCUUGAGGGAACUCGGCGGGUCGGUGAUCUGACGCGUAUGGGUUUGGGUAUUGGCGUUCAAUCCGGUAACGGCCUGGUCAUGACCGUCCUUUGGAGCCGACUGGGCCAGAACAUCAGACUGCCGAUUACUUUGUGUCCCUUCGAGGCUGCUACCGCUGACGCCGCUGCCGUGGCGGUUCUGCUCCCAUGGGCAGCGUAUUGCGCGUUGGAGUUUGGAUUCAUCCGGCCGAGGGAGCGCAGAAAUCACCGUCGGGUGAUCGCUCGGCGACAGAGACAGCUCAAGAAGCUGGUGCCCAAGAAGAGAGAGGAGAGCCAGCAGGCGAUUCAGCUGAUGAAAGAUCAGGUACAGCGACGUCGCGACCGGGAGGCGAGUCAGGAUGGCCUAGUAAUCACCCGGGCGGAAUACGGCCACUAUCCUAAGAAGAAGCGGAGCGAUGGUAGUGAGCGGGAGUCUGAAGUGGCCGAUGUCACGAUCCCAGUAAUGGCCUUGGUCGACAACGGCCAAUUGGUGAUCUCCAAGGACACGGCCAAGUUCCACAUCCUCGGGUUUUAUGAUCCUGCACCUCUGUUGCCCAAGACGCUGAAGAUAUGGUAUACGUAUCAUGGGAAGGAGCAUUAUGUGGAGGCGACAGAUAAAGAGGGUGUUGCCUGUCCCAUGCGCUCACAUAUGUUGUAAGUUGGGCUACUACACUUUCACCUGUCCUUCUCUAGCAAUCCUCCCUUUGUGAUAUAUACGUGGCCUCCUGUCUGUGUCUGAUUUUAGUCAAUGCUGCAUACUAUGGUUGGGGGUGUAUGCUGCGAUUGCAUGAGUCCCCUAUUUGUAUAAUAGAUCAACG